CCCCCUUUUCUCACCCUCUACGUCUCACUCUCCUCCCAGUAUCUAGCACGUCUCACAAACCUCCCCACCCCAGGGCACAGCCCCUGCCAUUGUCCAAACUUCCUCCCCAGCUCCCCCCCCAGCAGGUAUAAGAGGGACCCGCCCAGCCCCACCUGCACCCUUUGAAUUUCACAGCCCCGGUAAGGCAGCAGCUGCUCCGCCACCAGCGAACACCAGGCUCCACCAUGGCCUAUCAGGCGGAGAUAACGCAGCCCGGCCGGGUACAGACCAGCUACUCCUAUGGCAACUCCAACGCCUGGAGCUCGGGCAUGUGCGACUGCUUCGCGGACAUGGGCGUGUGUCUCUGCGGUACCUUUGUGCCCUGCAUCCUGGCCUGCCAGGUGUCCCAGGACUUCGGCGAGUCCUGCUUCCUGCCCUGCCUGCCCGGCACCUUGCUGGCCCUGCGCACGGGGGUGCGGGAACGGUACCACAUCGAGGGCAGUAUCUGCGACGACUGGCUGGUCAUGGCGUGCUGCGGGCCCUGCGGCCUCUGCCAGCUCUCCCGGGAGCUGUCCCAGCGGAAAUGAGGGGCCGGCGAUCCCGGCUCCAGCUAGGGGGGCUCUGAACCGCCUCCGCAGCACGAAGAAAAUCUGCCCCUUCCCCGCCCAGGGAGGAGAACAGGGACAGCGGGGGGGGGAGCCCCUGCCCCAACCCCCCUAAAUAAAUA